GCACUUAUAGAUAUAUUUGAAAUAUGAUCUAUAUUUAAGAAGUGUACCGAAAAAAUUCGUAAAAAUGCCAGCUGACAAAAUUAUUAGCAAUCCACUCGAAUCGGAAAAUCAGGCCCAGUCGCUUAAUGUGCCAACAAUGCAGUUGACUGCAUCCGCCAAUAAGGAACCAAAAGGUUCGGACGGGCCGAGCCGCUCAGCGACUUUGCCCCGGAACAAACGGCUGACGAAAAUCAAUUUGUAUUUGAAUAUUUUGAAGAGCGUCGUCUGUCUGUCAGUUGUUUUGUUGCUGAUGUAUUGCGUGGGUAACGAUAGCCCUCGAAUGGGCGAACAGGUAGGUCGCCCGGUCGGGAGAGCCAUACUCCUUUGGAACGCCGAGAUGGAGCUGGGCACGUGGAACUAUCUGCCAUGUGGCUGUGUGUUGACCACAAAUCGUGAUUAUUCGGCCGGAACCAUUGAUGCCAUCGUCUUCAAUGCAGAUCGACCAUUUACGUUCGAGGGCCUAGAUCGGAUUAAGCAUACGCCCAAUUUCCUGGCAGUAUUUGCAGCCAAAAAUCCGAUGAAUCUGGUCCACAAUCCGCUGCUAGAACAUGGAGAAUCUGUCUUUAAUUUGACAAUGACUUAUCGUCGCGAUUCGGACGUUGUCUGGUGGGAUUACUUUUUAACGGCGCCGAGAGAGCAACCAGGCUCCACAGUUCUGGAGAUCAGCUUCAGGAAACAGCGGUCAGAGCUUGAAGCCACCGAUCUGCACCUGAAGCUCCGAUCGAAAUCCCCGCUGGUCUUCUACAUGAUGUACGAAGUGAACGACUACACUUUGCCGGAAAGCCUCUAUCUGCAGGAGUUGCGCAAACACAUCGAGCUGGAUGCCUUCAUAGAGUGUCAUGGCGCUCAAGAUUGCGGAAUCUACAAGUUCAUGCUGAUCUUUGAUCCCAGCGCCUGUCCAGAUUAUGUGCAUCCGCAGCUCUACAUAGCGCUGUCACACUUUGUGGUGCCCGUCAUGAUCGGCGGCGGCAAUCUCAGUAGCCUCCUUCCGGCAGGCUCCUACAUAAGCAGCGCCGACUUCAGCUCACCCAAGAAACUGGCCGCGUAUUUGGAGCAGUUGUCGAACGAGCCCCGGCAAUACGAGCAAUUCUUCAAGUGGCAUGCCAACUAUUGGCUUCAUAAGAACCGACAGCCCUACUGUGCCCUCUGUCACCGGCUGCGUCAGCCGCGACAUCCGCGUCAGCCCAAAGACUUCCUUAACUGGUGGACUGGAUAUCAGUGUACGAAUCGUACGGACAGCUUAGGACGGUUCCUUUAGAACGAUGUUCGGCCCGAUUCCAAUACAAUUAUAAUUAUCGCACGCCAAAUUGGAAGCGCUGAAUAUUUUUAUUCCAUGGAAUUUUGCCGGCACUCCAUUGACCACGCCGAGUGGUUUUGCAGCUAAUAAUGAUACCCUUUCGACGCCUUGUAUAUUAACUUUGUCACAGAGCAUGUCACCUAUAUUUUAAAUUUUCAUG